GUGAAGCCGUAAUAAACGAAUCUUGUUCGUAGCAACUGCGUCGUGAAGUCACGACCGAAGCACCUUUUCUUGCGUUUGAGCUGCUCCAACCUGUUCGUGCAGCUUCCCAUCCACAUUCGAGCCCUCUCUCCUCGUCUCCUUGUCUUUGCUUGCUUGCAGCCUGCGUCAUCUACUAGAAACCUUUCCCUCCCCAUCAUGUCCAUUCCCGUGACCGAGAGCAUCGGCAAGGCCCGGUGGACCCAGGGAGAUGACGAAGAAACCAACCUGGAAUUGCGCAUCCCGUGCACGCUGGCCGACGGCAUGCGCCCGCGUGACCUGACGGUGGAGAUCAAGGACAUGGCGAUUUUGUGUGUCAGCCACAAGGACACCCGCAUCCUGCAGUGGCGUCUCUACGCCGCCGUGAAGGACGAGGUGGAAUGGCGCGUGGAGGACGAGAACGUGCUCGUGGUGGAGCUGGAGAAGCUCUCCGGCGCGCCGUGGAUCUGCCUUCUCGAUCUGCCUAUGCGCAGCGACGACGAGCUGCUGACCACGACGGCGGAGAUCAACCGCAUGUUCCACAGCCAGCUGCCGGUACUGCCGUCCCCCGAGGUGGAGGGGGAGGGGGAGGCGCAAGGGAAGGAGAAAGACGCCGGGGCGGCCGCCAGGGAGGAGGGUGCGGAGAAGAAGGACGCCGCGGAGGGCGAGGACGAGGACGGCGACGACCUCGACAAGUUGCUGGAUGAGGCGGCGAAGGAGGUGUCGGGCAAGAAGGGCGCGGAUAGUGAAGCAGAAGAAGACGGCACGACUGCCUUCAUCAAGGCCGAACUGGAGAACUACCGCGUCGAGGAGGAGGAGAUCAAGAAAAAGAUCGGCGAAGUUGAGCUGGCGCUGAACAACCCGACCGACACGGAGGCGUCAAAGACGGCCAUGGAGCAGAAGAGGACCUUGAUGGAGAUGAUCCGCCUGCACAACGAUUGCCGCGCUUUGCGCUCGAAGCCCAGCACGUUGGAGAACUUCCUCCAGUGCACGCAGCUAGACCUGCAGAAGGCCCGCGUGAAUAUUGGCGAGUCGAGCGAGAGCGAAGAGGAGGAGUUCGAAUCCGCCGACGAGCGCGCGCUGAACGCGGCGGAGCUCAUGACAUGCGGCUUGAAGUUCUUUGAGGAUCAGGACAUCAAGGGCUGCCUGCAUUUCCUGCGCCUCGCCGCGAUCCACCACAAACACGAGCAGAGCACGCUGCUGCUGUACAACAUCUAUAGCCAGCUCCAGUCCCCGCGUGGUGCAUUCCUGCUGAUGAAGCGCGCGUUGGACGACGCAGAACCGAGUGCCGUCGUAAACCAGCGCGUGGGCGAGCUGUACGACCAGGGCGCCCGUCACUUCCUCCCGCUGUUCCCUGCCGCCGUGUACUUCUAUCAGCGGGCGGCGAAGCUGGGCCACGUCAACGCGAUGCUGAGCCUUGCGCAGUUGUGGCUGCGCGGCGCCACUGCGUCGUCGAUGCUGUCCGAGGAUGAGGUAGAGGCGCAGCAGAGCAUCUCGAAAUACCAUGCGUGGCUACAGAAGGCGAUGGACCGCGGCUGCGGCUCGGCCUACUUUGUGCGUGGGUGCAUGCAUAUUAAAGGCGAGCACGGCAUGGCCAAGUCCUACAAGGCUGCGAAGGAGUACCUCGACGCUGCCGCGGGCGCGCAGCCGGAGAUUCUGCACCGUGCCCCGCAGAUCCCCAUGAUGCUGGAGAUGCUGCGCAAGGAGGAGGAGAAGUCCUCCGGCGAUGCGAAGCCCAGCGACGAGGACGGCAGCGGGUCCGUUGCUGCCGCUGCUGCGGUUGCCAAGGCAGCGCCGGCGAAGAAAGCCGCAGACGACGACGUGAAGGUGACGUCCUCGGUGGCCCGCCUGAACGCGCUCAGCAACCGGCCUAGCGGCUCUCCGCUCAGCAGCGCGGUGUCGGCGUCGCGUGCGGGUGGCGGUGUGCUGCGCACCAAGAAGGCGCUCGGCGGCAGUGGUUCGCGCAACAAAGCUUUCUGGGAACGCGCGUGUGUGACGGGCGUCUCCGUGUACGGCAUCUACACUCUCGCCUUCCCGCUCCGUAUUAUUUUGCUGCCGUUCUUCUACUCGGCUAUUAGCGGCAUCAUUGAGGCCGUUCCGUGGCUCGCCAACAGCAACGCCGAUUUGUCGAUGUUCUAA